UUCAAUCAGCAAGCUGCCACCUCUUUCCAUUUUAAUUUUUCUUCUUUUUUUUUCUGUCUUUUAAAAUUGGAAGCUUCCCGUUAGCUUCCUCCGGCAAAAGGUCGAUCGAUGCAGGUGGGAGGUGAGGUGGGUCAGCAAGAAAACCUGCAACGGUCCCACUUAAUACCUUGUUUUGUUCAUUUCGACAGUUAUUUUUCCUCUUUUUCUCAUCUUUCCGUUCUAGUUUCCACAGUCCAAUGAAAAGGAUAAGAAACGUAUUCAUGGAUUUGAUGCGUUGUGGGCAGGGUUGUCCCGAGAACACCACGUAUCCAAAUUUGGCGCUUUUUUUUCUAUUUUUAAUUUUUAAAAAGACACCUUCUUGAUCUUAAUUCUUAAACCAGUUUUCAUGUCACAAAUUCCAAGAGCGUUCUGGCCAUCAUAGACAUGGUUUGGUAUUCUCCUGUUGCCUCUCCAAUCUACGGUCUCCCCCCUGACCGUUUUCACGAUCCUACAGUGAGCAGUGAUUAAUGCAUUGAGAGGAUAAGCUCAUCAGGGAUUCCGUUCAUCGUUUUCUUCUUCUACACCUACGUUAUAUUAUAUAUUGUAAAGGGGGGGGGGUUAAGACUUGAGAAUGAGCUCUAGUUAGGAGAAAUAACAGGGGGUUUGAAUAUGAAGCAGCUCAACCGAGUCGGGAAGUAUGAGUUUGGAAGUGUUCUUGGGCGAGGGUCGUUCGGAAAAGUCUAUUUGGCCAGGGAUGUAGAGACUGGGGAGAAGCGAGCCAUCAAGGUUCUUAACAAGGAUCGAGUGGUGAAGGAGAAGAUGACUGAUCAGAUCAAAAGGGAGAUUUCUAUUAUGAAAUUAGUGAGACACCCUAAUGUCGUUCAUCUUUUUGAGGUGAUGGCUAGCAAAACGAAGAUAUACUUCGUUAUGGAGUACGUCACAGGGGGAGAACUUCUCACCAAAGUUUCCAAGCAGGGCAAACUAAGAGAAGAUGAAGCCAGGAAAUACUUCCAACAACUUAUUAGUGCUGUUGAUUAUUGCCACAGUAAGGGAGUCUACCAUAGAGAUUUAAAGUUGGAAAACCUCCUACUCGAUGAGGACUGCAAUUUGAAGAUCUCUGAUUUUGGUCUAAGUGCUUCACCUCAGCAAAUAAGGGAAGACGGACUAUUGUACACGACUUGUGGCACUCCAAAUUAUGUUGCUCCAGAGGUAAUAGAUGACAGGGGAUAUGAUGGAGCCAAGGCUGACCUGUGGUCGUGUGGAGUUGUGCUUUUUGUUCUUAUGGCUGGAUAUCUUCCAUUUGAUGAGCCAAGUCUUUCAAACCUCUAUAAUAAGAUAUGCAAGGCAGAUUUCACUUGUCCUUAUUGGUUUUCUUCGGAAGCUCGAAUGUUGAUUAAUAGAAUUCUUGAGCCAGACCCAGAGAAGAGGAUUUCCAUCUCCCAUGUGUUGGAGUGCUCAUGGUUCAAGAAAGGUUACAAACCUGUCAGAUUUGAGGAUCAGAAGGCUGUGGUCUCAAGUGAAACUGAUUUACUCUUCAGCAAUUCAAGUAAAGAAAAAGGAAUCUCCAUGAAGAUUAAGUUGGACUUCGAAUGUUUUGAAGACUUAGGGCUUAAUCACACCAGACGGGAUGACAUAGCAUCAGAGCAAAAGGAACCAAAAAAGCGGAAACCAUCAGUCUUGAAUGCUUUCGACAUAAUCUCACUAUCAGAAGGGCUUAAUCUCUCUGGCCUUUUUGAAAAGGAACAGGGUGGAAAGCGAGAGAUGAGAUUCGCCCUGAGAUGCUCGGCAUCAGAAAUCAUGGAAAAAAUGGAGGAGAGCGCAAAGCCACUAGGUUUUAAUGUCAAGAGACUUGAUUACAUGAUGCAGUUGGAAGGAUGUGACAUGGGUCAAAGAGGCCUUCUCUCCAUCUGCACAGAGGUCUUUGAGGUCUCGCCUUCACUAUUUGUAGUUGAAAUGAAGAAAGCACGGGGAGAUACACUUGAGUUUGACAAGUUCUAUGAGAGUUACAGCACUGCUUUGAGAGCUAGAAGCCUGGAAUUUGGAGUACAGAAAUGAAAACUCUGUAAAUAAUCCUGAUCAUUGCCGCUAUUAAAUUUUAGUUUCAUUUCAGCAUGGAAGGCAGCUUUAAAGAAGUAUUUAAAGCUGAAGGUACAGAAUCAUCAAAUCACCCCAAGUUGUGGGCCAAGUUCCUGGAGAUUUUUGGUGUGGAAUGUUGCUUCUUAGAAACAGUGGAAGCUUCCUUUCUUGGAUGGUAUUUGAAGGAGCUGAGGAAAAGUAAUCUGGGUUCUGGGAUAUGACCCAUUAGUUGUAUUUUAGUCGAUAUGGGGUGAAAGGAAAGCACGUAUAUUUGAAAACAGUCACUAUCGAGGAAGUGCUAUCAAGGAGAACCAAAAGUAUUCUUUAUUCGUUGUUGUCAGUACACAAGCAUUUGAGGAGGUUCCAUACAACAUUCGGAUGUUGAUAGUCUCUUUGCUUACGAUUAAUCUUUUUGCAAGUUUCUUGUUGUAUAUAAUUCCAUUGUACAGUACCUUGGGUGUCGUGGGUGCUGAUGUAAUUUUCACAUUGAUUCAUAUAUAAAUGCAAU